GGCGCUGUAAACAACUGGAGCAGCAGACAAGUUCAAGACACCAGCUAGUGUGCGUUUGUUUUCCACCAAGUCAGCUCUGCUUCCAGCAAUGGCCCUGCUGAAAUCCACCAAGAUUUUGACUGGUGUCGGGGCACAGGCCCCUGUUUUAGCCGUCCUACAACUCCGUGCAAGCUCAUGGUGGACUGAGGUACAGAUGGGACCCCCUGAUCCCAUCCUGGGUGUCACAGAGGCGUUCAAGCGUGACACCAACCCCAAGAAGAUGAACCUCGGAGUUGGAGCUUAUAGAGAUGAUCAGGGCAAGCCGUUUGUUCUCAGCUGUGUCCGAAAGGCUGAGGCCCAGAUUGCUGCUAAGAAGUUGGAUAAAGAGUACCUUCCUAUUGGAGGGAUGGCAGAAUUUUCAAAGGCCUGUGCUCAGCUGGCUCUUGGACCUGAUAAUGAGGUCUUAAAGAGUGGAAGAAGCAUCACUGUUCAGACUAUCUCUGGAACUGGAUCUCUUCGUGUUGGUGCUAACUUUGUGUCACGAUUCCACAAUGUGUCCCGGGAUGUGUACCUGCCUAAACCAUCCUGGGGUAACCACACCCCUAUCUUCAGAGAUGCAGGCAUGCAGCUAAUGGCCUACUCCUACUAUGACCCCAAAACCUGUGGCUUUGAUUUUAAAGGAGCCUUGGAUGAUAUUUCAAAAAUCCCUGAGAAGAGUGUGAUUGUUCUGCACGCGUGCGCUCAUAAUCCCACAGGAGUGGACCCAAAGCCCGAGCAGUGGAAAGAGAUGGCUGCUCUGAUCAAGAAAAGAAAUCUCCUGGUGUUCUUUGACAUGGCUUACCAGGGAUUUGCCAGUGGUGACAUUGAUCGUGAUGCCUGGGCUGUGCGUUAUUUCAUUGAGCAGGGGCACAAUGUUCUUCUGUCCCAGUCUUUUGCUAAGAACAUGGGCCUGUAUGGUGAGCGUGUAGGGGGCUUCACGGUGGUCUGUAAAGAUGCUGAAGAGGCAAAGCGUGUGGAAUCCCAGCUGAAAAUUCUCAUACGGCCCAUCUACUCGAAUCCCCCAAUGAAUGGAGCUCGUAUCGCCUCCACCAUUCUCAGUACGCCUGAACUCUACAAAGAAUGGCUUGUGGAGGUGAAAGACAUGGCCGAGCGCAUCAUUAAGAUGAGGGAGAUACUUGUGUCGAACCUGAAGAAGGAGGGCUCCACUCAAAACUGGCAGCAUGUCACUGACCAGAUUGGAAUGUUCUGCUUCACAGGGCUCAAACCAGAGCAGGUGGAGCGUCUGAUUAAAGAAUUCUCUAUAUACAUGACAAAAGAUGGACGGAUCUCUGUGGCUGGUGUGACGUCUGCAAACGUGGGAUAUCUAGCACAUGCCAUCCACGCUGUUACCAAGUGAAGCUGGCACUAGGGACUAUAGUUGCAGCAGACCGAAAGCAAGAAAAAGUAAUUAAGAUGAUUCAGAAGUCCUCUGCUGCAUGUCUUUUAGGACCAGAUAUGAAAUAGGACUAAUGUAGACUACCAGUUAACUUGAUUUGGUCUUAAUUCAUGACUCUGAAUGAAGAGCCCCUCAAUGAAUUAAGUGAAAUGAAAUUCAAUUAAAUUCUUUGUUUUAAAAUAAU